GGGUGGGGGCUGCCUUCCUCUUUUUGUUGUCUAAGGGAAUAGGGUGUUGUGACGAGCGAGGAUACCAUACCGGUAUCCUGGAAAACCUUAUCCCUACUUUUCUUCUUCUCUAAAUUCCACCGGCGAUAGAGGCGUACUAAUGUUUUAGCUUUUAUUUUAUGGAAAUGGGCAUUCGACACCAAAAGAAUAGCGAUCGGUUGCGCACUAUAUGGACCCCUGAGAUGGAUAGAUAUUUCAUUGACCUCAUGUUGGAGCAAGUUGGAAAAGGAAACAGGAUUGAUGACCAUUUAUUCAGUAAACGAGCAUGGAAGAACAUGAUGUUGUUGUUCAAUACCAAAUUCAAGUUUCACUAUGAAAAAGAUGUUUUGAAAAAUCGACACAAAACCUUAAGAAAUCUGUACAGGGCAAUAAACAACCUCCUUUCCAUGAACGGGUUUAGCUGGGACCAAACUCGUCAAAUGGUGACUGCUGAUAAUAAUGUGUGGGAUGAUUAUAUCAAGGUACACCCAGAUGCUCGAUCAUAUAGAAUAAAAACCAUUCCGUAUUACUAUGAUUUGUGUCAGAUAUAUAAAAAUAUAUCCACGGAAGGGAAUCUUGACACUUCUGAUGAAAAUCCAGAACGUGAUUGUAAGGCAUUAGGAACUGAGGGAGAAGACUGUCUAGUGAAAUCAUUGUCAGGAUCAGUUGGUGAUGCUAUUCUUGAAAAUGAGACUGGCAAUGCUGAUGAAGCUGAUUUGGAGGCUCUUCAUGAAAUUAUGAUUGAUGAAGAUUUUAGAGUCUCCAUCUCUAAAGAGUUUGCUGAUGGCAUUCCUCAAUCCGAGGAAGAUAUGGGAUUGACAUCAGGACGGACUCGUGCUAGGACAUAUUGGCAACCACCAAUGGAUCGUUACUUCAUUGACCUUAUGGUUGACCAAGUUCAGAAAGGUAACCAGAUUGACGGUUUGUUUCGCAAGCAAGCAUGGAUAGAUAUGAUCAAGUCAUUUAAUGCCAGGUUUGGUUUCAAGUAUGAUGUUGAUAUUUUGAAGAACCGAUACAAGACCUUUAAAAGACAAUACAAUACUAUAAAGAAGCUUUUGGAAUCAGAAGGGUUUUUCUGGGAUGAUUUACGUCAAAUGGUGAUUGCUGAUGAUCGUGCCUGGCAAGAUUACAUUGAGGCAAAUUCAGAUGCACGGCAAUACAUGACGAGACCAGUGCCUUACUAUAAGGAUUUGUGUAUUGUAUGUAAAGAAGUGAACACGAGCGAUGGAAGAGAAAGUCUUUCUGAUAAUCAUUCAAACCAAAAAGAUGAAGCGGGAAUCUUGAAGCAAACUCAUUCAGCUACUGUUUCCGAUGAGCAGGAGUCUCCCCAUCUGGAUCUUAAACGGAAGCUGGAGAACAGAUGGAGUUCAGAGCAUUUGAAAAAAGCAAGGAUGGAUGAGGAGAGCAUGGCAAGUGCUCUUCGCGAGAUGGCUACUGCAGUAUCUUGUUUGGCAGAUAAGAUGAAGAAUGAAGAUGAUGAUGAUGAUGAUGAUGAUAACUCUUCAAAGUUGAUUGCUGUCGUUAAAGCUAUUCAAGGGUUACCUGACAUGGAUGAAGACCUCAUCUUGGAUGCUUGUGAUUUUCUGGAAGAUGAUGAUAAGAAGGCAAAAACAUUUUUAGCCUUGGAUGUCAAACUAAGAAGGAAGUGGUUGAUUAGGAAACUUCGCCCCCAACAUUCGAGUAUACAAGUUAAACCAACACAGCUUUGAUACUAUCAUUUAAACAAUGCAGUUAUGGUUUGUGGGUGCAUUUUGGUUUGCUACCAUUUUCAUCAGCCUGCAUUUUUGUAAUUAAAAACACAAUUGCAGCCCAUGUAUAAAAACUAUAAUUCAUUUAUGUGUUAUAGACUCCUAAUUAAUUG